AUGGUGGCGGUAAAGGGCCCAGAUUUGUUAGCCAAUCGACUGAAGGAAGAAGAAGAAGAAGACGGAAACGAAGAAGAAGCGGAAACAGAAGCUUCUCAAACUCAAGCUAGGCUAACACCGUGUGACGUUAACAUGGCAACGACCACGGAGGUUUUUGUUUGCGGCCCGGGCCGCUUGCGCUUUUCCCCGUGUGUUUUCCCUCAAGGUUCGUCGGUUGGAGAUGUUCUGGAGCGCUUUGUCCAACAAUGGGCUCCGUCGUCGCCGCUCGACUUCUACGUCAGCAGAGACGGCCGCGUGACCCGGCCGGACGAGCGUUUGCGGGGCGGCGCCGUCUAUCGGCUGGUGCCCCGUCUGCUUGGAGGCAAAGGAGGCUUUGGCUCCAUGCUGCGAGCACUCGGCGCUCAGAUCGAGAAGACGACCAAUCGCGAGGCCUGUCGAGACCUGAGCGGACGCCGCCUGCGAGACGUCAACCACGAGAAAGAGAUGGGCGAGUGGCUCAAGCAGCAAGCGGAGCGCGAGGCCGAGAAGGAGCGGCAGCGCGCCGAGCGUCUGCAGAGGAAAACGGCCGAGCCUGCGCAUCAGUUCAGCGACCCCGCCUACCAGCAGCAGUGCCACAGCCUGGCCGAGAGGCUGGAGGACUCCGUGCUCAAAGGUCUGCAAGCGACGGCCUCCAAGCGAGCAGGCCCCGCCCACACCCAUCCUCCAACUAAGAAGAAGAAGACGGCGGCGUGUUUUUGGACCGGCUUGGAUGAUCUGAGCUCGGAGGAGGAACAUGUCGAGUCUACGGACGAGGAGGAGGCGGAGCCUGCGACCGCCGGCGAGGGGACGCCGGAGGUGGAGGAGAUGGCGCCCCCUGAGGGGAAAAGGGGCAUGGCCGCCAAAUGCUCACCUGGCCCGCAGCACGCCCAGGCGGGAGAUGUUCUCGGCCAGGCGGGAGCGUCCGUCUGAAUGGGGAAGCGCCAAAGCAGCAGCGGGCGGUGGCUGCCAACUUCUUUUUUUCUUUUUUGUCUUUCCCCGACUGGCAUCUUUCAACUUGCUUUUUUUCCUUUUUGUCUUUUUCAACUGGCGUCUUUGUUUUUGGAGGUCCUCAGAAUCCAGGGGGCUCCCAGGCGCUGACCUGCGGCUCCUCCGCUUCUCUGAAGCAGUGGACCACGUCGCCGGGCAGGAAGGUGAUGUUCCCGUCGGCCGACAGGCCGCACUCGCCGCCCGCCUUGGCCGUGUUGACGUCCUCCUUGUGAUGCUUCAAUGCCAGCAGGCCUCCUAAAGGCGCACGCACCCACGCACGCAACGCAAUCUUGACUUGACUGCAUUCAAUAAAAGGAGGCCAGGCCAGGCCAGGCCAGCCCAGACCAGC